GACGGAAACACUUCACCUGAGAAGAACACGAAGAACUGAGAGGAACCCAGAGGAACCCAGAGGACAUUUCUGUGCAGCGAUGAUCCACCUGCUACUGCGCAGACUCCCGCCGGGAACACACCGGAAGUCUACGCACGGUGCUCACCGGAAGUCUUGAUGGCGGGUAACUUGACAGCCCUAACGCGUCACGUGUCCACAUCAAAUCAGACAAUAAACAUCUUUGCACAUGGAGGCUCAUUAACAGGAAACAAGCGGAGUCGUGUGAUUUAACUGCAGCUGUGGAAACAUCUGGGUGAAGGAGAAGGAGGAAACAUGCCGGAAAUAAAAGUAACUCCACUUGGUGCUGGACAGGAUGUUGGUCGCAGCUGCAUCCUCGUGUCCAUCGGGGGUAAAAACAUCAUGUUGGACUGUGGGAUGCACAUGGGAUACAACGAUGAUAGACGUUUUCCAGACUUUUCCUACAUAACCCAGAAUGGACGUCUGACAGAGUUCCUGGACUGUGUGAUCAUCAGCCAUUUCCACCUGGACCACUGUGGCGCUCUGCCCUUCAUGAGCGAGAUGGUGGGCUACGAUGGCCCCAUCUACAUGACCCACCCCACCAAGGCCAUCUGUCCCAUUCUGCUAGAGGACUUCCGCAAGAUCACAGUGGACAAAAAGGGAGAAACCAACUUCUUCACCUCGCAGAUGAUCAAAGACUGCAUGAAGAAGGUGGUGCCGUUGAACCUGCAUCAGACUGUCCAGGUGGAUGACGAGCUGGAGAUCAAGGCGUACUAUGCAGGCCACGUCCUGGGAGCUGCCAUGGUGCAGAUCAAAGUGGGAUCAGAGUCUGUCGUCUACACUGGAGACUAUAACAUGACGCCCGACAGGCAUUUAGGUGCGGCGUGGAUCGAUAAGUGCCGUCCAGACGUCCUCAUCUCCGAGUCUACGUACGCCACCACCAUCCGAGACUCCAAGAGGUGCAGGGAGAGGGACUUUCUGAAGAAAGUGCAUGAAUCCAUAGAAAGAGGAGGAAAGGUCCUUAUCCCUGUUUUUGCUCUUGGAAGAGCUCAGGAACUCUGUAUCCUGCUGGAAACAUUUUGGGAGAGAAUGAACCUCAAGGCCCCGAUCUACUUCUCCACUGGGCUGACGGAGAAAGCCAAUCACUACUACAAGCUCUUCAUAACGUGGACCAACCAGAAGAUUCGAAAAACCUUCGUACAGAGGAACAUGUUUGAGUUCAAGCACAUCAAGGCCUUCGAUCGCUCCUACGCUGAUAAUCCUGGACCGAUGGUGGUGUUCGCCACUCCGGGUAUGCUGCACGCUGGCCAGUCUCUGCAGAUCUUCAAGAAAUGGGCUGGCAAUGAGAAGAACAUGGUCAUCAUGCCCGGGUAUUGUGUACAAGGAACAAUCGGCCAUAAGAUCCUAAAUGGGCAGAGGAAGCUGGAGAUGGAAGGCAGAUCAACGUUGGACGUGAAGCUGCAGGUGGAGUACAUGUCCUUCAGUGCCCACGCUGACGCUAAAGGCAUCAUGCAGCUCAUUCGAAUGGCAGAGCCCCGCAACGUGCUGCUGGUGCACGGGGAGGCCGCCAAGAUGGGGUUCCUUAAGGGCAAGAUCGAACAGGAGUUCAGCAUAGACUGUUACAUGCCCGCUAACGGGGAGACGGUGACUGUGACAACAAACCCCAGCGUGCCCGUGGACAUCUCACUCAACCUGCUCAAGAGGGAGAUGGCGCUCGGAGGUCCUCUGCCUGAUCCCAAAAAGCCUCGCACCAUGCACGGAACCUUGAUCAUGAAAGAAAACAGUCUGAAGCUGGUGUCGUCAGAACAGGCGCUGAAGGAGCUCGGCCUCAACGAGCAUCAGUUGCGCUUCACCUGCCGCGUGCAGCUCCAGGACCCGCACAGCGACCCCGACACACUCCACAGGAUCUACACGCACCUCAAAAGCGUGUUAAAAGGUUACACCAUCCAGCACCUCCCUGACGGCACCGUCAUGGUGGAGUCCAUCGUCAUCAAAGUGUCGUCGUCCGCUGAGGACACCAACACCAAGGUCCUUCUGCUUUCCUGGAGUUACCAGGACGAAGAACUGGGCAGUUUCCUCUCGACUCUGCUGAAGAAGGGGCUUCCAGCUGGAAUCUGCUGAAAUCCCUUUUGGCCCAAAACCAUAAACAUUUGAAGCUCCACCAUUCAUUGGAUCCUGGAUUCUCUGGAAUAGGCUACAAACUUCUUACCAGUGCUGAUAACUUCAAAUUACAGCAGACAUCAACAACAUCAAGGCUGUAUUCCCCCCCGUUCUCCUGUUGUGAUCGUGAAUCUUAAAUAUAUUUGUUAAAAUUUGGAAGGA